AUGGCCUUCUCAUCCGUCGUCGUCUUCCUCCCAGACGACUCUCUGGAGCUCUUCGAGCAAUCUGGGGAUCUCACAGCCACGUCAGUGCUGCGCCAGUAUCCCGCCCACCAGCUCCAGCUGCACGUCGGCGCGCGUCGCGCCCUCGUCCCCGCGGAUAAGGUUCUCGAACCCGGCAGCACCUACCACGUCGUCCCCGUGAAUAGCGCGGAAGCCGUGGGUGCGGGUGGGGCUCACGGCAGCGGCAGUGACGGUAAGGGGAGUCGACCGCGAACGCCGACGUUGGACUUUUCGACGAGGACGGUCGGCGGCGCCGCUAGAGGCGGCGGCAGUUGCGCCGCUGACUCGGAUCGAUGCGCGUUUCCGCCUUUACAGGACGGCAAGGGUGACGCCGCCGGCGCGGCGAUGGCUGCUGGUGACGAGGAGGAGCAGGACGCGGUGCCGCCACUUCGCGCUAGUCGCGGCGGAAACUCCGCGGAAGACGACGCGCGCGCUGGGAUGGCGGCGACGGCGGCGGCGAUGAUGCUGACUGGGAGCGCUGGCGGCGCGGGCAUUCCGCAACGAGACGGGUUUCUGCGACUCAUGGCGGAGAUUCACGACGGUUGUGACGGAGCCGCGGAGCUGGAUCUAGGCCCGCCCGUCAUUCGCUCCAACCGCAAAUCGCGGAGCAACCAGGCGCCAGGUGAUAGUAGCAGAGGCGGUAGAGAGGGGCCCGAGUCCCACACCAGGGCUGACGGCGAGGAGGGCGAGGAGGAGGAAAGGGUAGGAGGUGUCAGCCCGCGCCGGCCUAGAAUGUCGGAGGACUUUAUAUCGGUAGCGAACACGUGCAUGACGGAUCCGGAUAUGUCUGGCGUGGAGAAGAGGCGCACGCUGGCUGCUGAGCUGGCGGACAUGUCGACCACGAUGACAAACGUGAUGGUCCAGUCGCGCAUGAUGCGGGGAGGCGUGGUGUAG